UCCAAGCAAGCCAUUCUUGCAUGGAUGGAAUCUGGGGAAAGAGUAAAGCCGGCGGAUUUCAGACCGCAUAAGGAAACUUCAAAACCUACAAAUGACGAGGGACAGAUAAUACAGUCCGUUCACCAUAUCUCUUCAUCGAGCGCCCUCAAUGAUGAAAACCAGGUUCAAAAUCUUGAAAGCAGGGAUGAUUUGAGUGCGGUUACUGACGUGAUCCGGCUUGAGAAGCAUGGCAUUGAAGUAAGAAUUCCACCAAAUGAAGCUUACAGCGCAAAAGAUGUCACUGUCGAAAUAAUCGAUGACAUCCCAACUGAGUUGGUGCUAAAGGAAACGGAAGCCAUCAUUUCCUUCGGCCUGAGAAUGUCGCCCUCCGAUGCAGCGUUUGACAUUCCAGUGACAGUAACGAUGCCCCAUUGUGCUAUAUUCAAAAAGCCAGAGGCUGCAAAAAUCGUCACUUAUUAUCGCAAGAAUGCAUCUGAAAGUUUUACAGCGAUUCCUUCUACCGACGGUAGCCUACGAUGUGUUGUAAGACAGCACGACCUAGAUCUUUACAUGGACCACUUCUCCGAAAUUUGGAUUGUUGCUCUCUUCACAUGGGCAUUCAUCGGUAAACGUGUUAUUUGUACACCAUAUAUUCCAUUGUCAACUCCGAAGAACGAUGAACAUGUGUUGUUUGUCCGUGUAAGAGAUGCAAACAUUGGAAAGGGAGAGGUGCAGCCUGGAUACAUGGCUCCGAUCACGGGAGAGCAAUUCUUAGUGAGGUGGCGUUCAGGAGCGUUAAAGAUUACUUGCCCAGAAAGCACCAUGAAAGACGAGGCCAUGACUCUCAAGGAAAGUGAAAUUGGCCAUCUGACAGAGCAAAAAGUGAUGUUCAAAGUGGAUACACGAACCGCUGACAAGAAUAAAGUGAUAUUACAGUUCAUCUUGGAACAAAGCACAACAAAGCAGCUCCUGGUUCCCAUGCACUUAGAAGAUACAACCAUGGCAUCAUCGAAUAAAACAGAUUCCUCGUCCCCGAGACCGUCGGCAUCCACAUCAGCUAGCAGUCCCCCUACAGAUGCAGCAGCGACAGCCGGUGGAGUUUCUACUUCUAAAACCAGGUUAGAACUAUCUCUUAAUCGUUGAUGUGGGUAUUCGCUAAUCAUUCUCAAUUAAAAUCUCAUUGAUGGGAUAAUUCAUUUCUUAAAUAAUGACAAUAAU